AUGUCGUCCUCCGCCCCCUCAUCUACCAGCAGCGCAUGGCAUCCCGGCUCGACGGUACCGACCGUCAACGGCGACCCGGGCGCCGUCCAAGGCCCGGAGUGGAAGGACCCGCUGCAGGAGUGGCAGACCGUGUGCGCCGCGGGCCUGUGGAACGUCACCGACGCGUGCUGUGCGGCGCAGAACGGCUCGGUGUGGGUGGACAACUCGACGACCUUCAACGGCCCCGGGCAACACCAGUGCCUAAUCUACACGACCAACAAGACCAACGCCAACGUCUCGCGUGAGGCAUUUUACAAAUGCGCUUCCCGGCGUGCAGCGCAAGGCUUGGGAGGGGCCAUCUCGAUGUGCUACACGAAGGACUCGAGCGCUAGGAGGGUCGCUAUCGGCGUGGUGGGGCUCGUGUGGGUCGCCGCCGGGUGUGUACUUGUGCUGUAG